AAGUUAGAAAGGGUUGGUGAAAGAGUGGUGCGAGAGCAUUUGGCGGUCUCUCACUAUCGCGACGCGACGCCCUACGUGUUCACUCACACCGACACUUCGCCCUCACUUGGUACUUGUUACCAUAAUGUCCAUUGUUUGGACUUCACCGCUUCACCGCCUGCUGCUUCGUUUAAAAUCAUCAUGUUCGAGCUGAGCUUCACUUCCUCUUCAUUUCUCUGACUGUCAAUCUGGGUUCACUUCCUCCCUCGGCCAGUCAUCCUCUCACCCAAGGCAAACAGAAACAAAACCAUUGCCUUUCUGUCUUCAGAGCUUUUCUUGUGCUAUCACCUCAAGCCUCUCCCAACCUACUUCAACACUUCGACACCACGCACGUGGAACGCGUCUACCAACUGUGUCUUCUCCGUCACACCCGUGUUUGAUCCUUCGUAUCCAACAAUGCCUCCCAAGAAAACGAAGGAUUCCGGCGAGAAGACCGGCAACGCCGAGAAAGGCUCGAAGGGCACCUUCACCUGGACACCCGAGCUCCACCAAAAGCUCACCCUGCUUGUGUUCCAACCACGCACCGUCACGGUCGCCGAGUACGAGACUCUUGCUAAACUGAUAGGCAAUAUCGCGGGUGGCCCUGCUCCCACGCCCGGCGCAAUCCGCAACAGGCUCGAUAAGAUCCGUAACGAACAGCGCGCCGUCUACGGAGAAGCCGGCCUCACGUACCCAGGUGGUGGUGGAGGUAGCAUGCCCGCAGGAACUCCGACCAAGACUAAAGUCCCUGGUAGCGGCAAUGGCAAGAAGCGUGGAGCCAAGAGCUUGAACGACGUCAGCAAUGGAAAGGACGCCAUCGAGGAGGAAGAAGAGGAGGAUCUGCACUUGAACAAGAAGGCCAAGAAGUCCGCAGACUGCGGCUAUCAGAUCAAAAACGAAAUCCUCGAGGACUUUGGCGUCAACGACGAGGAGGGCUUGUGAGUCGUCGGCUACAUGCUUCGUGCUCCUGUCUCUGGUUCCGUCCGGGGCUGCAGACGUUGCAUUUGGGAUGGGGUGUGGGCCCACAAGUGCCGUUAGGAAUGGUGGAGGAGGUGGACCAGACGGGUCAGGACGGUUAAUCUGGGUGGUGCAAUUCUCCUCCUGUUUGUGAAGUCUAGGCGCUUUGCUAUGCUUCGAACCGAUCCUAGUAUGUUGCGGCACUGCUAGGGCAACUCAAGGUCUCUUCAGGCUGGGCUGCGAACAAUACAACAUGGUUUCCACUACACAUUCAUGACCUU